AUGAUGCGGACCUCGUCUGUUCUGCUGCAUAGGAGGGCGUCGGCAGAUAAAGUUUGGAAGGCGGUGCCGUUACCGCAGCAGUUUCACACCGCACUUGAGACAGGCGAUUGGAUGCGGGCACUCCAGGUGUAUCAGCGUCAUCCAUACCACGCCCCCCCUGUCGACACCUUCGACCUCUUGAAGGCAGUCAUGCACGCAGCAGGGGUGCGUGUGGAUGACGUUAAGAGCCGCUUCAACGAGAAGAUACGCCUCUCCGCCAUCUUGCAGAAAAAAGCACCUGAUGAGGUGGAGUGGAGCGUCUUCUGGGAAGCCCUCAACAAAGGGGACUCCAAGACAAUUAGCGCUGCGCUGAUGGGCGCCCGUCUAUCGAGUGUGACCCAGCAGAUCGCGACGGCCGAGGCGUGUGCUGUGCUGCUGAAAGCGGCUGGGCCUGACUGGGAGGCAAAAUUGGUGGACAGCUUCCCAUUCGCAACGGUGACGCGGUGCAACCUUGUCCACGUGGCUUUGGCACAGCAGCGGUGGGACGUCGCUGUGGAACUCUUGCGCCAUGUUCGAGUGAAUCGCAGUGACGUUAUGACACUGUGGCCGCUGAUUGAGCAGCUCGACUGGGAAAAGGUGCUGCAGCUCAUAUCCGCGUGCCCAAAGAACUCGGUGCCGUUCGAUAUUGCGCUACGCCACAUUCUCCGCGGGGGAUGUAGUCUGCAGCAUCUCUCAGAGCACCUUGAGAGCGCGCGUGUUCUCGGUGACGUGGACGUGGUGGCGCCACUACUUGCCCACGCAGUGGAGAUUGGCGAUUGGGACUUCGUUGCCAGGGGAAUGGACCACCUCGUUGACAUUGGGCAGAUCACGCAGCCGGCGCGUGAGGUGUUUGAGCAAAUGGGGAAGAUCCACGGCACGGAGAAGGUGUGCUCCCUCCUGGGCGACCACCGCAUCCCGCUUCACCGCGUGACUGUUGAGAGCUUGGAGAGCCUCAAACUGUGA